AUGGCCUCAAUGAAUAGCUCAGCAUCGGGUUCCGACAACAUGAAUCAAUGCGAUACAAACAAAUCAGCGGAACCAGUGGUUAUAGAUAACACUAUGGCAUCUCCACUUCCAGUAAUAAUGCGAACUCCAAGUGUGCCAUCACCAAAGCCAUCAACGGCAACAUCAAGAGAUCCAAAUCCGAAACGGCGAUGCCUGGCAGUUACAUUUAACAUACCAGACUCAGGAUUAUCUAAUUCGUUACCAAACAUUUCAUUAUUAUCAAAAAGUGUCAAGAAUAUGUCGAUCGAAAAUGAGCCUGAUCGGAAAUAA